CAGGGGGGAGGGGAGGGCAGUAGCAAGUGGACUGGAGGAGAAGGGAUCGGAGGCAGCCAGUCACCAGUGCUGCUCUGGCCUCCAAGACGUACACACGCUACGCCUCCUCUCUACCCCAUCCAGCAUGACUGGUUCACGGCCCCACCUGGCGAGGCUGCUGCUCCCUCUGGCGGCGGCGUUGCUCUCGCUGCUUCCCGCCGCCUCUCCCUGCGAGUACCGAGCCAUCGACCCGCGACACACCAUGUGCUCCUUCAGGCCUAGACAGUGUCCUGGCAAGAAUAUGCUGCGCACCGGCGGACUCACUUGCCAGGACAAGGAGAUUAUCUUGGACACACACAACAUGUUGCGGCAGAAGGUGUCAAUGGGGCAAGUAAGGAACCAACCCGCGGCCCUCAACAUGCGAGCUUUGAUGUGGGAUGAGGAGCUGGCUGUUGUGGCGCAGAGAUGGGCAGACCAAUGUAUGCCCGGGCACGACCGAGCCAGGGAUGUGGUUCGGUUCCGAGUGGGCCAGAACGUCGCCGCCACCUGGACGUAUGAGGUCGACGAGGGCGACACACCCGACUUCCCGACGCAGGUGGAGGCGUGGUUCAACGAGGUGAACCAGCACGGCUUUGCGAAGGGAAGUGUCGAUCCCUUCCGCUUCAGCAAAGCAACGGGUCACUACACGCAGAUGGUCUGGGCCGAGACGUACCUGGUGGGAUGUGGCUAUGCUUACUACAAGGACCCUUCUCUCGGCUACACCAAGAUUUACGUGUGUAACUACGGACCUGGAGGAAAUGUGGUUGGUGGCACCAUGUACAAGUUGGGCUUCCCGGGUCAGCAGUUUUGUGUCAACGACGGCCUGCACCCCUCGCAAGUGUACCAAGGCCUGUGUGACCGCGAUGCCGUGAGCCAGCCUGGGCCCUGCGGCAACACCUUCAUGCACACGCCGAGUCCUCCCGUGUCUAACAGCAUCUCCAACGGCCACUCCAUGAUGCCGCCGCCGCCUCCCCCCACCCACCACCACAACAUGGUCAUGCCGGCCCCCCACCCCAUGAUGCCCUCUGGGGAGUACCUGGACCACGAAGACCACGACCUUAUGGGGCCUUCAGAUUUCCUGGUGAAGGGCAUCCACGAGCCCAUCAUGGGCCUCAUGAAGAUCUUCAACCCCUGGAAAAUAAUCAACCGCAUCACCGGCUAGUGCCCGCCACUAGCCUCUUGCUACUGCUGAUGUUGAUGCCACUACUGCUGCUGCCGCUGCCCCGCCGGUGGGCCUCCAGACAGGCGGCUUCACCAGGCGGUGCCUCCUGGCGGCUCCGCGUGCCGUGCCCCGCCGAGCGGCCGCUCCGACACGCCUGCUGGACGGGCCGCGGCGGGGCGCUGCCGUCAUCUCGUCGUUAAGUUACCAUGAUAGGAAAGACGCCGCGGGCCGCGCCCCGAGACCCGCCGCCCUGUGACUCACCCAGACGGAGGACGCAGCGCAGGAGUGGGCGGGGCAGGGCAGCGGGGAUCGGGCGGGCGGCGUUAGGCGGCGGCGCUCCUGAAUUCACUGUCUUCUGGGAAGACGCAUCGCUGAGGUCACCCGCGCCAGGUGGUGGGCCCGACGGGGGACCGAUACGGGUUGGGGAAGGCUACGGCCCCGUCAGCCCCGGGCACGCCACGCCACCCACCACGCCAGGAAGUCAGCAUGUCACGCUGAGCUCUGUGCGGGGCGGGGCGCAGCGGGGCGAGGCGGGGCCGCGUGGGGGGGGGGUCGCCGUGAGAGGCUAUUUUACAUGUGUCCGCCGCCACGUGCGGGGCACAACACACGCGCGCACCUUGCAGGUCACACAGGUCACGGUCCAUAGCUUUGACCGCCCAGCACACACACACACACACACACACACACACACACACACACACACCGCUCCAAAGCAUUGGUAAUCAGCUUAAGGUGACUUACUAUAAGAAAAUAAUAUAAAAACGAAUAGAUAGAUCGAGACGUCUCGCUAACAUGAAUGACAUGUAACUUUGUACAUAAGAAGUCUGUGUAUAUCCUGUAGUGUACAUACGUCCGCCUGUACCAGCGGCCAGCGGCGCGCUCAGAAGGCUCAGCAUUCCUGCGGCGCCGCCACUGGUCCGCAAGCAACAGUAACAACAAGAACGAAAAACAAAUAAAAAGAAAGACAUGCAAUUUAAAGAGGCUAUUUAUUGUAUUUAUACAGUUACUUCGCUUGAUCUAAGGUGCCAAACAUGUAAAUAAAGCAAUGCAACUGUA